ACCGGCGGGUAGCGGCCGGGCUCGGGUGAGGCUUUGGGGGACGGAGUCAGCUGGUCGGGGGCGGGCGCGUGACGCGAGCGCUCCCCCGCAGGGCCGUCGGGGCGCGCGAUGAGCCGGUCGUGGCAGGCGCUGCGCGCCCUGCGCCUGCGGCUCCUGGGGCCCGCGAAGGAGCUCGUGGGCACCGACCAGUUCGGCAACAAGUACUACCGGGUGCCCAAGCACCAGACCCGCGCAGGGCAGACUAUUCCAGAGAGAAGAUUUGUAGAGGCAGUAAAUCAGCAAGCAUAUCAAUAUGAGACAGGUGACUUUCCAACAGAAUGGGAAGCUUGGAUAAGAAAAAAAAGAAAUGAUCCACCCACUAUUGAGGAGAUUCUUAGGAAUGAAAAUUAUAGAGAAGAAAUGAAACAGAAAAUCAGAGAUGUAUCUGAAAAGGACAAGCUCCUUCAGGCCAAGGAAUACAAGGAGGGACUUGUUGCUGAACCACUUCAUACUCAUGUUAAGGGCCAUGCAUCAGCCCCUUACUAUGGAAAGAAAGAGCCUUCACAAGAUCCAACAAGCACUGCAAAUACUUUUCAGCCAGGUUCCUGGAUGCCACCAGGCAGCAGUAGCAGUCAUAAGAAAUAAAUAGCUGUAAUGUACAGGUAUUGCCAAUGGAUAAAUAUUUUAAUAGACAACACAAACAAUCACUAUAUAUAGUGUGUGUGCACAAUAAAGCAGUAUUAAAGCUAUGUAUAUAUGUAUCUAUUUUUGCAGAAUUGUUAAAAUAGGCUUACUUAUGACAAACCACUGUUAAAAAAAAAAGUUUGGAUUUAGUGAAAGAGGAUAUAUUACUAAUGACAAAUUGGUUUUUUUUAACAGUUGCUAUUCUUCAGUUAUUCUUUAAAUCACUUUAGGUAAGAGGCUUUCUAGCUAAAUGAGUAACUUUUGUAGAAUUAUUUUUGACUUUUUUCUUGAUAUAAUGAAUUUUAGUUAAUUAGUACACUUAAUUAUCUUAGUUCUCAAACUUAGACUUUUGGUCAAUAUAUUUCUGUAGAAUUCCUGUUAAUUCCCACCAUGCUGCCAGUAUAUCAAAGUUGUUAGCUUUCCUCUGGUAACUGGAUGGUCAAGUUGAUCUCAUUAACAGGAAAUACUUUAACACUACAGUGACCAUGCUUGUCAGUAAUUUUAGGGACCUAGUCUUGUAACUUAUGUUAAUGAAGGAGUCAACAUCUGAUAAUAUUUUACUAGCCAGCCAACAGUGAGCACAAAAUACAAUCAAUCAGAGUUAAACCAUAUGUAAGUACUAUAAUAGGGUUCAGAAGCACUUAGUAAAGCUAAUGAAAAGUAAUGAAGAGGUGUGUUCUUUUUGGCAUGAGAGACUGUCAAUUAUUUCCAAAAGGAGUUGUGGUAGACUUGCUCUUUUCCUUUCUCAGCCACACACAGUUGCGCCACCUAACAAAGCAGCUAAAAUCUCACUUUUGGCCUAAGGAUUAAUUAGUUUUUAUUUCUGAGUGUAUGCUGGGACUCUCUAGAUUGUUAGACAUAUUUGGCUAUAGUUUACAUAUACACAGAUUAUUUGCUUAAAGAUGAUGCUUGAGAAUUUCAAAUCAAAAUAAAGACCACACAUUUUCUGAAAAAGUAUCAAAUUUAUUUAUGCAGUGUAAUCAGUUCUGUUUCCUGUGUUUUAAGCCAUGUAAAUAUCAAAGGUAACAACAGUUGAAGAAAAACGUUGGAGAUUUAAUUCUGUGUAUCAUAAAAUUUGUAAACAUUACAUUCUAAUAAUGCUUGCUUUGACCAACAACAUUGGAAGAGGGUCAAAAGUUAGUGCUUGUAUAUAAAUAUUUCACAUUUAUCUCUUAUUUCCAUUAAAAUCCCCACUUUUAAUCCUGCAAGUAUCAAUCACCUCUGUAGGUCUCCUCAUUUGAGCAAUACAUCUGACUUUUUAAACACACAAUGAAUGAAGGACUAGAUGCUAGAACACAUAACUAUGUGCUGCUGUUUAGAGACAUGCUGAGUCUAAUAACCUAAUGACUGCCUCUUUAAAACUAGACUAAUAAUAAAAAUUAAGCUUUGAAAAACUAAUAA